UCGCCGCCGUCAUUAUCUCAUGUCCGUGUGGGUCGUUCGUAAUCGUGCGCGUACGUGCAUCAGCACAGCCAGCGUUGGAUAGUAUUGUUAUUUAUUAUUAUUAUUUUUGUAAUCGCAGGGUAUAGUAACUUCGUUUUUCCUCCGUCGCGUGUUACACAGCGUGGAAACGUUUGGCUGCGGUCUCCGUUGUCGUGUUUUCAUUACCGUGUGCCGUGGACGUGUGUGAACAGUGAUUAGCCCAGCCUUAGACUCUGAGUUAAGAAAUAGAAUCUGCCACUAGUGUUGCAAAUCUACGUUUUUAUUAUCACAUCGACUAUGCAAAUGAGAAAAGCAUGUCGUUCGUGGUUGUUAUUGCAACUUUCAUCCACUGUUGACACAGUGAAAUUAAUGAUGUUCGUUGGUUUUUGACGACCGACUAUUUUUUCGAGUAUAGAAAAUAGAUGGAGUAAAUUUUAUUAGUUUCGACAAAUUAUAAUAAUAUAAUUAUAAAACAAGAACUAUAAAAUAUGGCUUUAGUUAUUUCAAUUGAUAUAAUUUUUUUGAGCUUAUUAUAAAAUAAAAAAUCUCAAUAUGGAAAAUAGAAGAUCAUGGAAGGGACAGUUGUCUUUAAAAGAGUCUGACCAUCGCCGCUACUCAGAUUCAGAAGAACCAAAAAGCAAAUCAUCAGUGUCUAAAACUUCAGAAGUUUCAAAUUUGGUUUUGAUGCGCAACAGUACUCUAGGACAGUCAGCUCCUUUAUUAUCAAAUAGUUUGAAAGAACUACAUGUUGCUGGAUGUGGAAGGCGCUCAAAUAAAGCUAAUCAUCGUAAAAGUUUUAUAUCAAACACAUCUCCAACAUUACCUAGAUGUCAUUCUCCAAUGUCAAGCAGUCCACUGGAAAGUCCUAAAGUGGUACAUUCUCAUCCUCAUUUUCCGUUUGCAUCAAUCAAAAGGCCCUAUAAUUUGUUAACAACAGAAUGUCGUGAUGGAAGGAGAUGGUCUGUUGCAUCAUUACCAUCAUCUGGAUAUGGAACCACAUCUGGAAGCUCUAAUGUAUCAUCUCAAUGUUCCAGUCAAGAGAGAUUACAUCAACUUCCAAAUAUGCCAACUUCAGAUGAACUAAAUAUGUUUUCUAGGCAUUUUUCUUCAAAUGACAGUAAUCAUAGUCACAGUGCAGAAGAGGAUAAUAUUAUAUACAGGAAGCCUCAGUUUAGUAGACCUCGAUCAAGAAGUUUAAGUCCUAGCAGAUCUCCCAUUUUUGAUAAUGACAUUGUUACAAUGAAUGUACUAUAUAAAGAUAGAUUUCCCAAGGCUACUCAUCAGAUGGAAGAACGUUUAAAAAUGUUCAUCCAAGAAUAUGAAAAAAUUAAUUUAGAUUAUUUGGAUAUAUCUGGUGAUGCUAUACCCAUUGUUCGUUUUGUUAAUCAUCAAAUUUUAGAAAUAGCUAGAGAUUGUUUAAAAAAAUCUGAAGAAAAAUUAAUAACACGUGGUUAUUUUUAUGAAAUGUCAGAAAAUCUGGAAUUGUUGUUGGCAGAGGCAAAGGAAAAAUCUGAAGAAGCUGCAGAAUUGCUUACUGGAACAAUGAAAAAACUUUUAUUGAUUAUUUCCCGCCCAGCUAGAUUACUUGAGUGUUUGGAGUUCGAUCCUGAAGAAUUUUAUCAUUUAUUAGAACAAGCUGAAGGGCAAGCAAAAAUAUGUCAAGGGAUUAAGGAUGAAAUACCUCAAUAUAUAAUUGGGAAAUUGGGUCUAACUCGUAAUUCAGUUGAUGAUAUUGAUAUAAAUUUUCAAAAGCUGGAGGAAUGUUCAUUAAAAAAAAAUCAAAAUCAAUCUGUUAAGAAGGAUACUUUUACAUCGCCACCAUCAGAAAUAGAUUUUGAUGUUAUAAAAUUGAUCUCAAAUGGUGCAUAUGGGGCUGUUUACCUUGUAAGGCAUAAGCAAACUCGUCAAAGGUUUGCUAUGAAGAAAAUUAUAAAAAAUAAUUUAAUGUUACGUAAUCAAAUUGAACAAGUUUUUGCUGAACGUGAUAUUAUGAGUUUUACUGAUAAUCCUUUUGUUGUCACCAUGUAUUGUAGUUUUGAAACAAGGAAACACCUUUGCCUUGUUAUGGAAUAUGUUGAAGGAGGCGAUUGUGCUUCUUUAUUGAAAAAUAUUGGACCGUUACCUUCGGAUAUGGCUAAAUUUUAUUUUGCUGAAACUGUACUUGCUGUUGAAUAUCUUCACAACUAUGGAAUCGUUCACCGAGAUCUUAAACCUGAUAAUUUGCUAAUAACAGCUUUAGGUCACAUCAAACUGACAGAUUUUGGUUUAAGUAAAAUGGGACUAAUGUCAUUGGCUACUAAUUUGUAUGAAGUGCAUGUUGAUCGUGACACAAGACAGUUUUCUGAUAAACAAGUGUUUGGAACUCCUGAAUACAUAGCACCUGAAGUGAUAUUAAGACAAGGUUAUGGAAAACCAGUUGAUUGGUGGUCUAUGGGAAUAAUUUUAUAUGAAUUUUUGGUUGGUUGUGUACCAUUUUUCGGAGAAACACCAGAAGAGUUGUUUGCACAUACUGUAAAUGAUGAUAUUGAAUGGCCUGAUGAAAAUGAGUGGCCUAUUCAAAUUGAAGCAAAAAAUAUUAUAUCAUCAUUGCUUCAACAAAACCCUCGAGAUCGAUUAGGCACUGGUGGAUCACAUGAAGUUAAAGAUCAUCCUUACUUUUAUGGUGUUGAUUGGAACUCAUUAUUAAGACAAAAAGCUGAGUUUAUGCCUCAGCUGGGUGAUGAAGAAGAUACUAGUUAUUUUGAUUCUCGUGCUGACCGAUAUAAUCAUGAAGUUGAUGAAGACACUGAUGAUGAUUCAUUGAUUCUGGGUACAUUUUCUUCUUAUUCACCACAGUUUAAGAAAGUUGCUAGUAAAUUAUCCAUGAAUAAUGAUUUCCAGUCAUUAUCCUCAUCAAUAAAUUACAAAGAAGAUUCUUUAUCAACUAGUACUGGAUUGUUUGACACAUCAGCUUCAGAAGGAGAAACUGUAGAUGAAAUUCUUAAAUCACCUGUAGCCAAAAAAACUACAAUUGAUUUGUCAAACACUGAUAACGGCAUGCCCCAAAUCAAUCGUAGGCGUCGUCUUUACAGCAAAGAGUGUAUACCUAAGUUUUCUAUUUCAAUUGAAGAUGAUAAAUCUCUACAAUUGCGAAGUUUAUCGGAAAAUGAAUCUGAUAAGCCACUUAAAAAUAAGAAAGAAGAAUUUUUAAGUUUACCUGUGACUGCAAAUUUGUGUCAAACAUUGCCUCCAUCACAAGGUACAAAUUCAACUAUUAAUACAACUAAAAGUUGUAUUAAUAGUUCUGGCAAUAAUCAACGUACAAGAUCAGUUAUAAAAAGUUUUUCAGCUACAGGAUUAUCACUGAUGAUACCUCCAGAGUGUAAUGUGGUUGGUACACAAGGAUCAUCCAGUGCAUUGAGUUCACCUUGUCGAGAAAUGCCGUUAAUUACUAGCUUGAAACCACCAAUUAUUUUACGUAGAGGUCCUUCUGGUUUUGGCUUUACAGUAAACACUAUUCGAGUGUACUUUGGAGACAGUGAUUUUUACACAAUGCAUCAUUUAGUAUCGGCAGUUGAUUCUGGAAGUCCUGCAUUUGAAUCUGGUUUAAAUCCUGGAGAUUUAAUUACACAUGUCAAUGGGGAACCAGUUCAGGGAAUGAAUCAUACUCAAGUGUUGCAGUUGCUUUUAUCUGGAGGAGAUAAAGCAACUUUACGAUCAACACCAUUGGAAUUUACAUCAAUUAAAACUGGUGGACGUCGUAGAGAACCAGGCAAAAGCAAAUUAGCUUCUAAUUCUAGACAUAAGGCUUUAGGUUUUGUUCAUUCUCAUAGACAUAAACGUUCUCAGAGAAAAGAUCUUCCUGCAGGAGAAAGUAGAAGAAGGCAUCAUAAAAAUUCUUUAUUCAGAAAGAUAAGCACAAAAUGCACUCCAGACUAUCAGCAGUUAACUGCUAUGUCGAAUCGUGUUCCAUCUGUUCAAACUGAGACUAGUACUGCAGAUUAUUCAACUGCCAGCUCAUCUAGUUCAUCUUCAAAUUCUCCAACUAUCACACCAAACUCACCCACACCAUAUCAACGGCCUUCUACAUUACAUGGUCUAAAACAUAAACUGCAUUCAGUUACAAAAAAUUUACAUUCUCCUAAUCGCCGUAAAUCAGUUGGACACAUACCACUGUCACCUUUAGCUAGAACUCCAUCUCCAUCUCCUCUUCCUCAAUCACCAACUAGAUCACCUAGUCCAUUAAUUUUUUCAUCAGGACAUCAACCUGGUAGCUCCAAUACUACUCAAUCUUAUAGUCCAUCUACAUUGUUGUCUACACCAACGUCUAGUAAAAAAAGCUUUGGUCGACCCAAGAGUUCUGAACCUGGUUCCCCAUUAUUGCGUAGAGCAUUAUCCCCUGAUCGUUUGCACCCUCGUACAGCUGAAAACAAAUCUACAUCUAUAUCUCCAUUAUGUGAUCCAGCCUUAAAAGUAACUUUACAUGCUCCACGUGUGACAGUUACAUCCAAAUCUCCACCAGUAAGCACUAAAACUUCAUUGAUAGAAUCUGAUUCUACUAUGAAAAUAACAACGAAACCUGAUUGUAAUGAAAUAAAUAAGUUAAAUCAUGAUGAUAAAGUUCUAGUCACCAGUACAAAAUGUACAGAAGAAGAAGUGAAAUUUACAGCAUCUGAAAAUUGUUCAUUACCCCGUAUUGCUGAAGAAAAAGACUUACCCAGUACAAUUAAAGAAGACUUAUCUUGUACAACUGUAGUUCCUUCUCCAUCUGAGACAGUAAAACUAAAAUCAUCAAAAUCCUCUAAAGGAUAUUUUUUUAACAGAAAAUAUAAAAAUAAAGAUUUAAAAUCUAACAGCAGCAGUAAUGAAAAUGAAGAAGUUAAAAGUAAUAAUAAUUUACAUCACACCUGAAAUAAAAUUUAAUCCUCCUGUUUUCUUUUGUUCUAAUUUUUUUAAAUUCUUAUAUGCAUAUAUAUUAGCUUUAUUAACUAUCAAUCUAGUCGAUCAAAAUUAUAAUUAGAAGUUUAAAUAGUCUUCUAAUAAUAUGAAGAUUGUCAGAUUUAAUUUUAAAUGUAUUGAUAUAUUAAGCCUUCAUUAAUGCAUUCGUGAAUCUACUAAUAUUGUUUCCAAUUAAUUUAUUGUGUUUUAAGUUAUCAUGUUUAUUUGUUCAUGUAUCAUUGUUCUGUUUUUUUUUUUGUAAUAUUUAUUACACAAAUGUUUAUCGACUAGCCACCAGAUAUAUUAUAAUAAUACCCAAAAACGUUAUCAUACCCAAUCAUACCAGUUUUUCUAUAAUAAUACUUUAAUAUACAAAAAUAAUAAUGUUGUCUUUCAAAAAUUAAUAUUUUGGUUUAUUGCAAAUUAACUGUUGUAUAUUUGUUAAUAAAUAUGUAUUUGUUUAAAAAUCUAGUUAAAAUUUUUGUUAUAUGGUAAAAUAAGAUUAACAUAAUAUUCUAUAUACAUAAAUUUAAAUUAUAAAAAUGACCAAGUUAUCGUGGUGUUUAUUCUCUUUUAUGUAUCUAUCUUUUUAUUAUAUUGUAGUAAUUAACAACAAACUUUCUAUAAGUUUAUAUUGAAUUUAGACUAAAGAAUUUUCUGUGUAAAUUUCGCAAAAUUAUUG